AUGUCAGAUCUAGGCUUCACCUCCUCCGAGAUACGCUUUGCUACCGCAACUCUUGCAGCAAUCGCAGCUCUCGCUCCCAUCGCAUACUAUCUUUACCCAUCGCAAUCGCAAGACUCGACCAAACACCUCCAGACGUUCAAUCAUUUCAUAAACAGCUAUUCGACUCUUCGUCCCCAGGCGCUGACGACAAACGCAACGCGAGACUUUACGCAUACCUCUCUUCCAGCAGAAUUGAACCUACCCACACGCUCGAUCCAACCUUUCCGCGAACAUGCACAAGUUGUAUUCGAUAUAUUCAAGGACUUCCAGGUAGUCCCGCAAGACGACGGACAUGGAGGCAAAGCAGUGCACUUCUCGAGAGAUACGAACACAGUGGUAGCGCACUGUAAGAUGGGAGGCAAAGUAGAUAAAGACCAUGAACUGGGCGCACAGCUAGCUGAGAGCCACAUUACAGAGUGGUGGACUGAAGGCGUACUAUUUGUAAAGCUCAGUAAAGACGGACAGAGAGUUGAGAGCGUGAGGGAGUUCAUGCACAGUAAGAAGGCGGAGGAGCUGCAUAUUCGUCUGCACGGAGCUGUGGAAUUCUGA